UUUCUAUACAUACAUAUAUAGAGAGAGAAGAGAGAUGGAGGAAAGUUCUCACUGUUCGUGUCUUCGAGUGCGAUUAUAAAGAGAGAAAAGAGAGAAAGAGAGGAGAGCAAAGCAUCGGCAACAGAUCUAAAGGAAGGUAUAUAUAUACAUAUAUAUACUACUGCUCUUUUUAGAGGGAGAAGGAGAAAGGGAAGGAUGAGUAGCAGAGGCAGUAACAAUGGUGGCGGAGUGGCGAUGAUUCCGUCGGGGUCGCGUAAGAUAGUGGAGAGCUUGAAGGAGAUAGUGAGAAACUAUCCCGAGUCUGAGAUCUACGCCGCUCUUAAAGAGUGUAAUAUGGACCCUAACGAAGCCGUCAAUAGGCUCCUCUCUCAAGAUCCUUUUCAUGAGGUGAAGAGCAAGCGAGAUAAAAGAAAAGAGAAUAAGGACACCACUGAAUCUAGGCCACGUGGUGCUAGUAGUUCACGUGGUGGCAAGGGCAGUGCAGAUCGGUAUGCUGGCCGUGGUGGGUCAGAGUCACUACAUGGCAAAUCUACCUAUGCAUACAAGGAGAAUGGGUAUACUAACACCAAAUCAACAAGAACUGCAGGGAGUACUACAAAUAGGCGGCUGCCUACCAUCAGUGACGCUGCUGGCACUGAAAACCAGAAGUUCGUUGAUGGUGUGUCAGCAGCCACACAGCAUUCUUCUGGAUACCAACCUGCUUGGGGAGGUCUUCCAGGUCAAGUGUCAAUGGCUGAUAUUGUUAAGAUGGGUAAGCCGCAUGGUAAAGCACCAAAUGGUACAAGUGAAUCAUGGCAAAAUGUCAAUGCCAGUUACAACCAUGCCCAGGGACCUUCUGGUGCAUUAGAACAUAAUUGGCAGUUUUCUGGUGAUCACACUUCUAAAGCUUCAGAGGUAUACCUGGAGGCAGGGGUUUCUCCUGCUCAACCUGAUUCAACUAAUGAUGAGUGGCCACUUAUUGAGCAGCCAUCAACUGCUUGCGAUCCGUCUAUCUCAGAUCCACCUAGCUCUCAGCUGCAUCCUGAUUCAUCUCAUGCUGCCUUUAACAAAACUAACCAACAUCCCCAGUCAUAUGAGGUUCAGGGAGCAGAAGAUCAUGGCAUUGAUAGUGUUGGUACUGGUCCGGUGGUGUCUGGUUCUCUUCCUAAUGGAGAGUUGCUGGAGGAUAAUUCUGCAGCUGCAUCUUCUCUUCAUGACAGUGGCCUUGAUACGUAUCCGCCUCAUAAUCAUGGUUUUGAUGGAGACGAUGAUGAAGAUACUGAUGCCUCAGUUUCAUUACCUGCUGCCAACUUGCAACAACUUAGCAUACAGGAGGAGCAAGAUGUGGCACCUGAAAGGGAUGGACCUGCUGUAGUUAUUCCAGAUCACCUACAAGUUCAAGCUGCAGACUGUUCACACCUGAGCUUUGGUAGCUUUGGAUCUGGAAUUAGUGCUACUUUUCCUGGGGCUUUGGCAUCUGCUCCUACAAAUACGGAUGUGGAAGAAGAAUCUAAAGAUGCAGAUGCUCCGCCGGUUGGGCACUUGACCAAUGGAAGUUCUGAAUACUAUGGUGAUGAGGAUCUCAGAAAUGAACAAGAUGGUAUUUUAUUCCAUAGGACUGGAGCAAUUUCUGGGAAUUAUGAAUCACCUUCUGAUACCCAACCAGAUAUACUGAAAGUGGAACAUUCUGAAGUUGCACAUGGCAAUCAAUACAGCUUUCCUUCUUCUGCACCUGGUUAUACUUAUGAAAAUGCUCAACAGUUAAAUGUGGUGUUUAGUCAAUCACAGACAAGCUCACAAACACAAAAUCUUGCACCCUUCUCAAAUGUCAUGCAGGGCUACAGUAAUUCCUUACCGAGCAAUUUGUUGACAGCAAAUGUUCAUGCUGGUAGAGAGUCUGAUCUUUCAUACUCGCCAUUUUCUACACAAGCAAUGCCUGCAAAAUAUGGCAACUCGGUUUCAUCAGUUGGUGGUUCAUCAAUUUCCAUGCCAGAGGCUUUGAAGACUGCUGGUUUUUCAUCAACGCAGCCUACACAGCAGACCCUUACUGGAACUAACGUUGCCACAGGGCCUGCUCUACCGCAACACCUUGCUGUGCAUCCAUAUUCUCAACCGACGCUUCCUUUGGGACCUUUUGCAAACAUAAUUAGCUAUCCUUUUAUGCAUCAGAGCUAUACAUAUAUGCCUCCUGGUUUCCAACAACCAUUUGCUGGUAACAGUACUUACCAACAGUCUCUGGCAGCAGUUCUCCCGAACUACAAGAACAGCGUAUCAGUAAGUAGCUUGCCUCACUCUGCUACUGUUGCUUCAGGAUACGGUGCCUUUGGAAACACUGGCACAAUUCCUGGGAGCUUCCCGUUGAAUCCUUCUGCUGCUCCGAGCACAUCUUUGGGUAUUGAUGAUGGGCUUAGUUCUCAGUACAAGGACAACCAUUUAAUGUCUCUUCAACAGGUCGAGAAUUCAGGUAUGUGGCUCCACGGCCAUGGCUCCCGAACAAUGUCAGCUGCUCCUGCCAAUACAUACUACAAUAUCCAGGGGCAAAACCAGCAACCCAGUGGCUUCCGGCAAGUUCAACAGCCAUCUCAAAACUACGCAUCUUUGGGCUACAACCCAAACUUCUACCAUUCCCAAACCGGGAUCUCGCUGGACCACCACCAGCAGCAGAACCCUAGAGACGGCCCGUUGGGCGGCAACGCUCAAGUCCAGCCUAAGCCAUCAUCCCAACAGCUGUGGCAAAACGGCUACUAAUCUUACUCCCUCCCUCCCUAGUGCCUCCGGGUUUUUCAGGGUUUGUAAUGAUAAAGAAGUCGCCCCUCAAGCUGUGGCCGCGGCAAUAAUUCAUAUUUUCGACGCCCAAAGCUUGUGUGGCUGCUGCCCUGUACUUAGAGGUUGUAUUUUACGUUUUCUUUCCGUUAUAUCAUCAGUUAAUGUAGUAUAGGGAUAUGCGAGCUAAGUUGGUGUUAGUGGGAUUCUUGUGCUUCUGUUUGAAUUUUUUUUAUCUUCCCCCUAACAGUUAUGCAACAACAUCCUGCUCCAACCCCCACCCUCAUUUCCAUUACGGAGUAUUAUUUAUUUCUCACA